AUGUGCUCAGGAGCGGCAGCAGCAGACGUGCAACAGGCUUUGCGGCAGCAGCAAAGUGCCAGCACCAAGCAGCAGCAGCAGCAGCAGCAGCAGCAACAGCAACAACAGCAGCAGCAACAGCAGCAGCAGCAGCAACAACAGCAGCAGCAACAGCAGCAGCAGCAAGCGUGUUUCACCUUGGGUGAAGAGCAGCACAGAGCCUUCCCGACGAGUUUGCAAAGAGGAAGGAGCUUCCUCAGAAGGAAUAAAGAGGGGCUCUCUUGCUGCUGGAGACACAGCAGCGCAGCAGUUCUCAAGAGGUGCGGCAACGCCUUUGCCCAGUGGCUGUGUUCUCCUGGUGCUGCAGCAGCAGGCCCUGCAGCAGCAGUUGCAGCAGCAGCAGCAGCAAACGCAGCUAAGGCAGCAGCCUCAACUGCAGCCGCCGCUGCUAUUAAGUUUCCUAAAGCAGCAGCAGCAGCACCAGCACCAGCAACACCAGCAACAGCACCAGCAGCAGCAGCAGCAGCGGAGAGCCCCGAGACUGACAAGGCGGAGCUCGGCGGCAAGGCCGUUAGCUUAGGGACUGCUGCUGCAGCUGCUGAAGCAGCAGCAGCACCAGCAGGGGCAGCAACAGCAGCAGCAGCGCCAGCAGCAGCACCAAGACAGCGGCAGCAACACCAGCAGCAACAGCAGCAGCAGCAACAGCAGCCGUCGAACCCGUGCAGCAAGUGCCGAAACCACAGCUGCCUGACAUUCCAUCUGCAGCAGCAGAGUUCUCAGCAGCACCCACUGCUGCUGCAGCAGCAGACGCAGCAGCAUCAGCAGCAACGCCUGCUGCUGCUUCCCCUCCCAGCAGCAAACUGCUGA